CAGAAUCGCCUCUUGCUGACGUUUUUCGGGCUGUCAUGUGAUUAGCAGGGUUCAAUGAGAGCUGUUUGCCCCACCCAUCUCUUCAACGCUGUCUAUCUCAAUGUACAAUUCACUGAGAAAAGGAAAUAAUCGCUAAAAAUACACCCUCGAAAAGGAUCCAUUCGCCACAAUUGGGGAUUCAACGCGCUCCGUCCGUAGGGAAUCCAUCGCUGUCGUUGUGGUGUCGGAUUUAUCUUCACGUAUCCAAAUGCACAUGAUCUAAGAAGGAUUCAAGAAGGAUACUAAGCGUAGCCUGACAGCGGACUCGGGCUGCGAUAACCGGUACGUUAAAAUAUCGACGGAAUCGCUCGCGUUUGCAUCUGCGGUUGAAAGAACCGUAAGGACCGCCGCUCGCGUCAAAGCAAAGCCUACGGAUGUGAGGAGAAAUCCAAAUGACAGUAACGGAGAAGACGGCGAAGGGCCUCGUUUGAUUUGGACAAGCCGAAAAAAAGCGAUCAGUCACCGUAAGCAGAACAGGAGAGAAAAUAGCGUCAAUCUGAGGGGAAUUUUUCAGCAGCACCGCCGUAUUUUUCUCGCAGGCAACGUCGUUUCGUAACGGAGUUAAAAGGUUCAUGUCGACCACGGCGCAGGGCGGAAUGAUCCACAUGCCGUCAUUUUGGUGGAAAUAUUUAUUUUUUUAAUUUGUAGCCACCCUUUCGGUCUCGUUCUGCCCGUGUCGUUGCAUCGGCCAGCGGAUUCGACAGCAAGAAACCGAAAAGAAUCGCGUUUUGUGGAGCUAUUCAUGCUUUUAAUAGGAGUCGCUCGUUAUUUCGGGAAACCGACCAUGGAUUCGCGACGGGAAAUGUGCUAAAUCGCCGUCGUGGGAAAGCCGAAAUCAUUCAUGUAACGUCGAAGGCUUCGCUGGAUGCACAUCCACACACAGAAAUCUCCUAUUUUAUAGCAGCAAAGCGCUCGGCAGGACUCGGCCGUCUGUAGGCCGGCCUAGUGUUUUCACUACCACCACCUAUUCUCGCCAGUACUAGUCACCCAUAGCUUUCAUAUUUCCCCGUGCUCCCCUCCUGCCCUUAUCAGCGAAAUCCGGGGAAGCGAUGUGCAUACAAGUAUAAAUGUCCCGGUUUUCCAUCAAAGUGUUCUGAUCGGAGGCCAAUCAAGGAAUUUGGAUCAUUUAUUCAUACGGUAGAUACACCUCCCACCCAACCCCACCCCAAAACUUUUCUUGGGUUUUUGGGAAAAUGGGUUGUUUGGGCAACAGUAAGACUGAGGACCAGCGAAAUGAGGAGAAGGCCCAGCGAGAAGCUAACAAAAAGAUCGAGAAACAGCUCCAGAAAGACAAACAGAUCUACAGAGCAACUCAUCGACUACUACUGUUAGGGGCUGGAGAAUCGGGGAAAAGCACCAUAGUCAAACAGAUGCGCAUUUUACAUGUCAAUGGCUUCAAUGCUGAAGAGAAAAAACAGAAAAUUCAAGACAUCAAGAAUAAUAUAAAAGAAGCUAUAGAGACUAUUGUGACGGCAAUGUCUGUGUUGGUACCUCCAGUCAAAUUAGCCUGUCCCGCAAAUAAGUUUCGAAUUGAUUACGUCCUCAAUUUAGCCAAUCAGAAGGACUUUGAAUUCACACCGGAAUUUUAUGAACACACAAAGACCCUGUGGCAGGAUGAAGGAGUGAGAGCUUGCUUCGAAAGAUCCAACGAAUAUCAACUGAUCGACUGCGCACAGUAUUUCCUGGACAGGAUUGACACUGUGAAACAGAGCGACUAUACUCCCACUGAUCAGGACUUGCUCAGAUGCAGAGUUCUGACUUCCGGGAUCUUUGAGACAAGAUUCCAAGUGGACAAAGUAAAUUUUCAUAUGUUUGAUGUUGGCGGACAGAGAGACGAACGCAGGAAAUGGAUCCAGUGUUUUAAUGAUGUGACAGCCAUCAUUUUCGUGGUAGCCAGCAGCAGUUAUAACAUGGUGCUCAGAGAGGACAAUCAGACCAACAGACUCCAGGAGGCACUGAACCUGUUCAAGAACAUCUGGAAUAACAGGUGGCUUCGAACUAUUUCUGUCAUUCUGUUCCUAAACAAGCAGGACUUGCUGGCUGAGAAGGUUUUGGCGGGAAAAUCAAAAAUUGAGGAUUACUUCCCCGAGUUUGCACGCUACACUACACCAGAUGAUGCAACACCAGAGCAAGGGGAAGAUCCACGAGUUACAAGAGCAAAAUAUUUCAUCCGAGAUGAGUUCUUGAGGAUCAGUACAGCAAGUGGAGAUGGACGGCACUACUGCUACCCCCACUUCACCUGCGCCGUGGACACGGAAAACAUCCGCCGAGUGUUUAACGACUGCAGAGACAUCAUCCAGCGCAUGCACCUACGACAGUACGAACUCUUGUGAUCGCAGCAGGGAUGACGGGACGCAAACUCACCACCUGAACUUUCUUUAGGCCCCCCUGCCCUACAUCACGCCCCAAUAUCAAACCACAAACCUUCAAACUGAUGAGUCCCCACCUCUUACACUUAGACACACAUGCAUAUUAUAUACAUAGACACACACACACACACACACACACACAUGGCCUUUCUCCAUCCUGAGUGACUAGGGGCUGGGGCAAGGGGACACACUGUGUUACUGAUGAAAGCGCGGCUGUGAUAUCUGGCAAAAAGACUUGUUAACACAGCCAAGGACUACCAAUGUUAAUAAAAAGAGAGAGAGGAAAACAAAACAUGUGAGCGGGAGAGGGAGGGGGGAGAAAAGAGGGAAGAAAAAAAACUGUCCAGAACUGCUCAGGACAAGGAAGCCAUUUCGUACACCUACAGACACAUAAUGCGUCCAGCUAAACUCCUGACCCCGCAGUCCUAUGUAUGUUACACGUCAAACUUUGUCUUUUUUCCGAUCAUAUGCCUAAACACACGUUACUUAUAUUGAUGCGCACGCACAAGACAUACACACGCUAUUCUUAUCCUCCCCCGUUUUGGUCCUGUUGAACGUUUAGUGCCUGGGCGAGCCUGGCGCGUCCCCCUCACCUUUUCCCCAUUUCCCCUUUCCCAAAACCACAUCCCAUCCCCAAAGGUGGACAGACCCCACCGCAGGAGAGCAAAACGACGGACCGUAUGUUAAAAGAAAAAAACAAAACAAUGUAGAGCAAAAUGUUUUUUUCCCCAACAAAAAUGGGGGGUUUGGAGCCUUUACUGCCCCGGGUUGCUUUGCGUGUGGAGCAGAGACUGACUUGAACACAAGACCUAUCACAUGACUCGCUUCUCGAGAUGCAUCACAGGAGAGGCGAGCGCAUGCAAUGCUAGUUUCAUGCAGAACAGUGAACUAAAUGCAGUGCAAAAAAUCCAAAUAUAUAUAUAUAUAUAUAUAUAUAUAUAUAUAUAUAUGAGAUAUUCCUGUAAUAAUACAGUCUCUUUCUGUUUGUUAGUUUCCGCAGUUUGUGUGUUGGCGUGUGCAAAUAUGCACCAUUUUAAACCUCCUGUUUUCCCUCUCUCCUUCUGUUUUCCGAGUGUCAUUCCUCUCUCUCUCUCUCUCUCUCUCUCAUGAGAAGGACGUCUAAGAAGGACGUUUAACGGAUGGCCUAGUCGCUCUCCCCCCCUUCCUCCCCUCCGACUUCCUCUCCUCCCCUUUAGCCUGGCUUUUGGUCUGUCUUUUGAGUUCUCUGCUGGAUCAUUAUUCUUGUACAGACUGUAAAAUGUAUUAUUUUGUACAACUUUAUUGAAGAAAAAAGUAACUUGUAGAAGCUCCCUGUGCCUUGAUCACGACUGUACAUGUAAAAUGAGCUAAGAUGUAAGUAAGAUAUGUUUCAUUGCGCUGUUUGGCUCUGCCCUGCCUCUGUCGAUUCCCUUGAACGCUGACCCCCCCGACCUCCUCCCCGAUUGCUCAUCAGACUCUGGGUGGAAGAUGCACCCCAACCCCCCCCCCCCCCCCCCCCUUCCCCC